AUGAGUGCCGGAAACUCACUGCUACCGCGAGGCGGUUACGAGCUCACACCCGAGCAGCAACUCGCUAAAGAAAUCGCCGAAACCACCAACGGAAACCUCUCCAAGUACCUCAUGAUCGUCUGUGGUGCUGUCUCUGCUGCUGUUAUCGUCUGGAAGGUCUGCGAGCGAAUUAUCCGACUUACUCGACAUGUUUCUUGCUUGAACAACGACAAGCAGCGCUACUUCGCUAUCCCCAACCAGAAGUUUGCGGCCCUGAAGCGCCACCUUCUUUACGCUCCCGUCUUCAGCAAGCGCCACAACCGCGAAAUCCAGCUAAGCAAGGCCAUCAACGUUGGAACUCUACCCACCCGUUUCCAACUGCUUUUCCUCGUGUCCUACUUCGUUUCCAAUGUCGUCUGGUGUGUUAUCGACAUCGAUUAUUCCGCUGAUAUGGCCACCGCCUGCGGUGUCAUUCGCAACCGCACUGGUGUCCUCUCCACUGUUAACAUGGUCCCUCUCUUCCUUCUGGCCGGACGAAACAACCCUCUCAUCCCCCUCUUGAACAUCUCCUUUGACACCUACAACCUGAUCCACCGUUGGUUUGGCCGUAUUGUCAUUCUUGAGGCUCUCGCUCAUACCCUUGCCCACUAUGGUAAGAACGGCUGGGUCUUCACCCCUCCUGCGGGCAACUUUAUCCUUCCCGGCUUUGUUGCCACAUGCUCCUUUGUCUUCCUCGGCAUCCAGGCUUCUAGUCCUCUUCGCCAUGCCUUCUAUGAGGUCUUCAAAGCUCUCCACAUCCUCGCUGCCACCGCCGCCGUCGUGGGAUUGUACUAUCACUUGUCCGCAUCCCCUGGUCUGUUCAAGUGGCUCUGCUACGUUUAUGGCGUGAUCGCUCUCUGGAGUUUCGACCGCACCUAUCGCAUUUGGCGUGUCGUUCGCUCCCACGUGGGAGGUUCGCGCUCCCGAACCAUUGUCGAAGCCCUCCCUGGAAAUGCCGUCCGAUUGACCAUGACUCUGGCUCGCCCAUGGAACGCCGCCCCUGGACAACACGCCUAUCUCUACAUGCCCGCCAUCAGCUAUUGGCAAUCUCACCCCUUCUCCGUCGCCUGGUACGAUGGCGUCGAGGAUGUCAAGAGCGACCGAUUAGCCACUACUAACCAAGAUCUUUUGGCUAUGCAACAACAACGGGUUUCUUUCAUCAUCCGAGGCCGAACCGGCAUGACUGACAGCCUCUACAAGAAGGCAGUCGCUGCCCCUGGAGGUCGUUUCGAGACAAGCUGCUUCGCCGAGGGCCCUUAUGGUGGACACCACUCUUUCGACUCUUACGGCACUGUGGUUCUCUUCGCUGGAGGUGUCGGCAUCACUCACCCCGUCCCCUAUAUCAAGCAUCUUGUUGAGGGCUACUCCGAGGGUACUGUCGCAACUCGAAGGAUCCUGUUAGUCUGGACCAUUCAGACUCCCGAGCAUCUGGAGUGGAUCCGCCCCUGGAUGACUGAGAUCUUGGGCAUGGACAAGAGAAGGGAUGUUCUCCGAAUCAUGCUCUUUGUCAGCCAGCCUCGCUCCACCAAGGAAAUCCACAGCCCCUCGUCAACUGUCCAGAUGUUCCCUGGACGACCCAACAUCAACACUCUCUUGGGCAUGGAGCAAGAGCACCAGGUUGGUGCCAUGGCUGUCACAGUCUGUGGCCCUGGUGCUCUCAGUGACGAGGUUCGCCUGGCUGUCCGAAACCGCCAGGACCGAUCCCACAUCGAUUUCAUCGAGGAGGCGUUCACGUGGUAA